UCUGUCAGAGGACAAUAUGAAUAUUCCAUCAUAUUCACUUAACACACUAAAGGGGUUAUAUGAUAUAUCUGGUGUGGAAGUAGGCCAACAUUUCUAUUGGCAAAUAGGAGGUUUCCAAAUUCAUGGCCAAGUACUUAUAACUUCUUGGGUUGUAAUUGCUAUCUUAUUAGGUUCAGCUGCUAUAGCUGUUCGGAGUCCACAAACUAUUCCGACUGGCGGUCAAAAUUUCUUUGAAUAUGUCCUUGAAUUCAUUCGAGACGUGAGCAAAACUCAAAUUGGAGAAGAGUAUCGCCCUUGGGUUCCCUUUAUUGGGACUAUGUUUCUAUUUCUUUUUGUUUCUAAUUGGUCAGGGGCUCUUUUGCCUUGGAAAAUCAUACAGUUACCUCAUGGGGAGUUAGCCGCACCCACCAAUGAUAUAAAUACGACUGUUGCUUUAGCUUUACUUACGUCAGUAGCCUAUUUCUAUGCGGGUCUUACAAAAAAAGGAUUAAGUUAUUUUGGUAAAUACAUUCAACCAACCCCAAUUAUUUUACCCAUUAACAUCUUAGAAGAUUUAACAAAACCUCUAUCACUUAGUUUUCGACUUUUCGGAAAUAUAUUAGCGGAUGAAUUAGUAGUUGUUGUUCUUGUUUCUUUAGUACCUUUAGUGGUUCCUAUACCUGUCAUGUUUCUUGGAUUAUUUACAAGUGGUAUUCAGGCUCUUAUUUUUGCAACUUUAGCCGCAGCUUAUAUAGAACUUAUCAUGAAUCCAUUUAUUUCUGCCGCUUCCGUUAUUGCUGCUGGAUUGGCUGUAGGGCUUGCUUCUAUUGGACCUGGAGUUGGUCAAGGGACUGCUGCGGGACAAGCUGUAGAAGGUAUUGCGAGACAGCCCGAAGCAGAGGGAAAAAUACGAGGUACUUUAUUACUUAGUUUAGCUUUUAUGGAAGCUUUAACAAUUUAUGGAUUGGUUGUAGCAUUAGCGCUUUUAUUUGCGAAUCCUUUUGUUUAAUAUGAGAAAAUAAAUAUGAGAAAUACAUAUUUCUUUUAUAGUCUUGGAUUUGCAGGUUGCUUUUUCACAUUAUAGUAAAAUAUCGCUCCUACACAAUUACUCAUUCGUUGCGAAAAUAACCCACGGGAAGGACUUAUUUGAGGAUGAAGAAUUAGUGUUACCCACUCGCUUUCUUCCUUCCUUCCCCUUCUUAGUUCCAAGGCGAAGUCUUGCAACAAAGGAGGUAUUUCGCAAUUCGCAUGAAACCUAGUAGCUAAUUAGUAUUAAUAAUUCUAUUACAAAAAAUUAAGUAUUAUUCUUAUUGGAAAUUAGGGAAUCUCAAUAAAAAAAAAACGAAAAUUUUUUAAUUUUAUUUAUAAGAGGAGAUCAUAUGAAAAAUGUAACCGAUUCUUUCGUUUUCUUGGGUCACUGGCCAUCCGCCGGGAGUUUCGGGUUUAAUACCGAUAUUUUAGCAACAAAUCUAAUAAAUCUAAGUGUAGUUCUUGGUGUAUUGAUUUUUUUUGGAAAGGGAGUGUGUGCGGGUUGUUUAUUUCAAGAAUAGGUUGGAUUCAACCAACUGUACCUCUUUUUGUCUUUAUAAUUAGGGCGAAAUUAGAAGGUGCAUGAUUUCACGAAUGACUUCUGAAUCAAUAAUAAAUAAAGAAAUCAUAUGUAAGAACCAUAGCAUUUCGUGAUUUGUUGGGAAAUAUACUUUGAUUCUCUAUUAACCAAUAAUGUAGGACCAUUAACAUGGUUAAAGCUUAAAUUGUUUGAAGUCGAAGCACAGCAGGGUAUUCUUUACUACCAUUAUAUUGAUACUUAAUACCGAGACGUAUUUUAAAUUAAAAAUCGUUAUAAAUUUUUCGAUAUAUAACACUCAUGUCGAUAAAAAGAUUUGAAUCCUUUAUUUAAUGGAUCCCAUAAAAAAAAAGUACUAAAAUAGUAUAUAAAGAAUAAGAAAAUUUCCUUACUCUAUCAAGUAAGUAAGUAAACUACCUUCAGAACGAGCCCCCCCCCCAUCUUUCCACGGCUCCUCUCCCCCGGUGCUUCCACUCCGGAUUCUCUCUCCUGCCCCGCUCUUUCUAUUAAGGAAAUAGAGUAAGGGGCAGCCCUUAGAGCCGGUCUAUACAGGACUUCAGUGGAUGCGCGUCUUGGGCUCUUUUACCUCUAAAAAGCAAUUUCUUAAGAGAAUACAAAGAGUCUGACACCUAGAAUUCCCAUUUCAUUCUUUCGAUAGCUAUUUUUAGCGCUUUUUUGGAAAUAUAACUCUUUCCAUUCAUUGGCAGCGGCAUUCUUCCUUAAACUCUUUCUUUUCUUUUUCAUCAUGGAAUUCUCUCCCAGAGCUGCGGAACUAACGACUCUAUUAGAAAGUAGAAU